AUGUCGAAUAUCCGUUCACUGCAGGAGAUGGCUGAGGACGAGAUCCUGGAGUCACCGCGAUCCACCAUCGAUCUCAUAUUCCAAGUUUUCGAAGAACUGCGAACGAAUCGACCGAAACCAUUAGAAAACCACUGUCCCGCGAGUUGGCCAUCGUGCAGAGGAGUUAGUUUGUCGUCUAACAUGGAAGCGCAAAGAACGUCUGCAGGCGAUGCAUCCACGAUCGACCAGCUUGUUGGCCACCGACGUUAUGCUCCAAGUUUUUGA